AUGGCCUCCAAGAAGGGAGUUUCCAGUAACCUCGCUGGCCGAGGUGAAGGUCAAGAAGCCGGCGUGCGCGGAGUGCCGGAGGAGGAAGAAGCGAUGCGGGCAUCGCGACGACCUUUCUCCGGCCUCCCAGGCCAUUGUUUCCCCCGCCAGCGCCGCCAAUGCUGCCGACGUCCCCCCGCCGCCGUCCAAGUCGAUAACUCGAUCGACGACAACAACACCACGGCGGUGAUUCCUCAUCCGACCCUGGAGGGUGACCAGGGUCGUAACCCAACCACCUCGGCCUCCGGUGCCGAUAUCCCUGCUGUCGCUGCCCCCGGAACCGCCGCUGACACACCCAGCGAGCGUCGUUCCCAGACGCGACUCAGGAUUUCGAAGCCGCGCCGCCCGAAAGCUUCUCCUCCCUCAGCUUCCAACAACCUGGGGGGCACCGGUCUCGUAGGAGGUACAGGCCUCCUGGCGGUGAAUUCCAGCUUUGCCCGGGAACUGGGAAAGCUGUUGGAGAGGUUCGAGUCCAAUUACCAGGCCUCCAUUAUUGCACACAAUGCGGUUUUGGAGACUGGUAAGGACGUCAAGGAACUGGUGGAAUGGUGGGUUCGGACCUGGAGCGAGUAG